CGCCUAUAAAAAGCUCGGAUUCUAGAGGAGUAGGUACAGUCAGAAUUAAAUCAUACUUAGAGAAGUUUUGUGUUAAAGAAAUAUAUUGCAAACAAAGACUUACAAGAUUUCUACUAAAUCCCAAAAUGAGUGUUAGGAGUAAAAUAUGCGUUACAUUGCUUGUCCUAACAUUAUGGUGCUUAAUUAUUUCCUGUUGUGGUGCACCAUCUAGCGCCAGGUGUAAACCUAAGCGAUACUCUCAUAAAGCUGUGCAAACUGAUUUCAACGGCCUACGAUGCUGGGAUGAAGUUAAAAUCAUGUCCUGUUGGGGUUAUUGUUUGUCCUACGAAAUAUCUCAUUGGCAGUUCCCUUACAAAGAAUCUCAUCACCCUGUAUGUGUUCAUGGUGAAAGGAAGCACUCUUCAGUCAAGUUACGUCAUUGUGACCCUGGAGUAGAACCCGGAACAGAAGUCUAUCAUUACGUUGAAGCGGCUAGCUGUAAAUGUCAGGUAUGUUCAUCAGAAGACACUAGUUGUGAAUGGCUCCCACCAGACUCUACCAUUUUCGAAGGCUUGAUGCGAGAACAACUGGAAGAUAUGGAAUAAUGGAUUCCACCUACAAUACCAAAGCUGUAUAAAAUAACUAUUACAAAUAAUGUAAUUUUGAGGUAGUUUACACUUUUACAAU